AUGGAUAAUAACAGACAAGGUGGGGGAAACUUCAGAAAUUAUGAUAACAAAAAGCAGUACAACAAUAACUACAACAAUAAUAACUCGAAUUAUAAUAAAAACCAAGGAUACUAGAACAAUUACAGCAAUAACUACAGCAAUAACACUGGAGAAGUCUCUAACUACUAACCUCAACUAAAAAACAUAAACUUUGAGUUGACUGAUAUAUAUUUCCCGCUUUUUGUACUUCAGAUGAGAUUUGACAUCUUUCCACUCAGAAACAGAUCUCUGAGGUAGAAUUAUCAAGGCUAAUCUGACUCUAUAUAAAGGUAUAUAUUAAUUUUCAAUCUCAAGUUUAUUUGCAGAGACAACUAGAGUCAUCUAUAAGCACAGGGUUAUGAGGAGAUAGCUGAGGACGAUGACUAUGCACUCUUGAAUGAAUAUCAAAGACAGUUUUAUGAGACUAACAACAAGAUUUUCUUUAUAUUAAGAGAUCAGUUCCUACUAACUAAGAUUCAGAUAACUGGCACACUUGUAUUCAUAAUUAAGAAAGAAGAGAAGUACAUAUUUGGAAUUGAUGAUUCAACUGGAGUUAUGGUUUGUGUAUUGUGGUUAAAUGACUUCAAUAACCAAGGAGGAAAUGCAGGAAAAAGAAACUCAGAUUUUAGAACAUGGUUCUCGGAAAAGAAUAUCUAGCUGGGAUCAGUCCUAGCUGUUCUAGGUUCGAUGGAGCACUACAAAGAUAAGAUCUAGGUCAAUGUCCAUAAGCUUAGGAAUAUCACUGACAUUAGCGAGGAAAUGCUUUAGUAUUAAUAAACCAUAAAUGCUCAAAAGUGUUACUUCGACCCUUUUAAACCUUUCCAGAGAAGGCUGUUUAAUGCUAAUUGGCAGUAGGAACAGCAGCAGCAGUUUUUACUUUAACAAUAAGAGAAUAAGAAGAAUUAGUAAAACGACCCAGCUGCCGAUCAAGAAAUGGCUGCAGGCAAUGAAGUUUACAAAUUCUCUAUUAAUAGAAUAAAAAAGAAGAUUAAUGACUACAUUCUAAACAACUACAAUGAACUAUUUUAGAAUGUGAAAAAUCAGUCCAAUAAUGAUUAAUAGAUUAAAAAGGACAGUCUUGAAGAUUCAGAGAUGGACUCACCUUCAAAGCCAAAUACAAACACAAAGGCCUAUCAACUUCCUAUUGAUAACUAAAAUCUUUCAGUGACUGAACUAGACUUCCUUGAAAACCCAAAGUUAUUGUAAAAGAUUGGCUAGGAACUGGCUUUUAGUGAUGAUCCAAAUAAGAAACCUACUGAGCUACUGAGAGAAUGUUUGGCUGAACUAGAGGAAAAGGGUUUCGUGAACCUAGUGGGAGAGACUGCAAAAUACUACAUGAUAUAGAUUAGAGAUCAAAGGAAGAAGCUAAAGUAUUUCAUUUAGAAUGAAAUGAAGAAUCAGAGAAGAGGAGUCCACUUUGAAACUAUCUACAAGGAUGUUUGCAAGCAAUAUGAUAACUUUUACACGAAGGAGUUUGUAUUCAAAGUUAUUGACGAGCUUUUCCAAAUGGGAGUUAUCUAUGAGGUAGCUAAACUCUAGUACGGUUAUCUAGACAAUUAAUUCUGA